UUAUUUUCCUGAAAAAAAAUAAAGCCCAAAAAACAAUCGUCAACACCAAUUAUUAUUAUAUGAUACACUAACCACCUCAGUGUUGGAAAUGCACAGCUAGCUGACAGCAAAUACAACAUUUGUUUACAGUUUAGCGGACAAACGAGACCUGAAUAAAAUGGUACACGUAAGAACAAUUUUGACGAUAUCCAUCGCGGUCAUUGCCGUUAACUACAUUGGAUUCACCGAAGCAGGAAAAGCCACUAAAGAGCGCAUAAUGAAUUUGGAAAGACGCGCUAUGGCUCACACGGAAAAAUUGAAACCGCACGAGGGAAUGUUACAAUCGAAAUACGGUUCAAUGUCAGAACCCAUGGUCGAUCAACUGAAGGAAAUUAAUAACAUCAUACUCGAUUUUAUCUUGAACAGCGAAAAAUUCCAAUCGUAUUUGAGUAGUAUAUUCGAAACGUUAGGAAAAUAUGCAGAGAGACAAAUUGUGUCUAGAGUGACAAAACUAGAAGAAAUUUAUGAACAUUGGGAAAAAACAAAUUUCCCAGAUAAAAUGAAUGCAGAAAGAGCUAAACAAAUUCUGGAAGAUAUCAAACAACAAAAUAAGCCUAAGAACGUAGAAAAAGUUGUAAAAAAUAGAUUCUUAUCUAAAAAGAAAGGUUCUAGAAAAUAUGAAUAGAAAUGUUUUCAUAUAUAAUGGCCAAUAUCUCAAAACGGUUGAAUAAAUAUUGCUAUACAAACUAAAUUAUAAUCCUUCAAUUAAAAAGUAA